AUACUUACAUGAAACAACUCACCAAUGAUAUGGACACCGUCAAUAAAAAACUGACCCGGUCAAGUGGUCACCGGGCAGAUUUCAACCGACACCGAGCAAGAGCGAACGUCCAGCUUAAGGCAAACAAGCUACCAGCUCUCAAGGCCCUGUUAUCAGGACACGGGAUCCGAUGGGGUAUAAGAGCUGAGCGCUGGGAAAGGAUGUGGGCUUGUCGCGAUCUCAUUGAUCAAGUCAUGAAGGACGAUCUAACUGAAGUACAUGCUAAGAGACGUCACCCCAAGAAGAAUGGCAAGAAAGGUGGGUAUUUUGAGGAGGUAGUGUUCUCUGUGGCAGAUUGGCAAGCUAUGAGGGACUUAUUGGACAUACUCACGCCAUACAAGUACCUAACUCGAGACAUGGAAGGAGAUAAACCUACAGGAUGUAUGGUCUUGGUAAAGUAUGGCCAGCUCAAGGCCUCCAUGGAGGAACGUUGUGGUAAUCAAAAUAUGAGACCAAUCAAAAAAUCAAAAAAAAUCGAAUUUUGAAUUACAUCAAUU